GACAUCUUUGCCAAUGCGUAGGAAAUGAAAUAAACAGACAUAAGCUGCUGCCUAGCCAUAGUCUGAAUGAAUCAUUAGUGAAGAAAAAUGACAACCAUCAUGUCUGGCACCCCAACAUCAUCUAUCACUGGCACAGGUCUUGUACAAAAGCAACCUCUUGGGGUCUCAUCCUCUACCGUCAUGGGGUUGCCAGCAAUGGCUAAGGUGGGAAGAGUGAGGUGCUGCUCCAUGGAGGGAAAGGAAAGCAGGUCAAACAUGGGAAUGGGGGCAUCCUUGAUAGCAGCUACCCUAGCUGCAACCAUGUCUAGCCCAGCCAUAGCUUUGGUGGAUGAGAGAUUGAGCACUGAAGGAACAGGGCUUCCCUUUGGACUCAGUAACAACCUUCUUGGUUGGAUCCUGCUUGGUGUCUUUGGUCUUAUAUGGGCUAACUAUAUUGUCUACACUUCCACACUUGAUGAGGAUGAUGACUCUGGAUUGUCCCUCUAAAGCAUAACAGAUUAUAUGCACUCAUGUUAAAAUUGCAUGGUGUUCACCCCUUUUCUGUUGUGUUGAAAAAAUAACUGCUAUUGUUCAGUUCCGAUUUCACUAAACAUUAAUCUCCUCUUAUAUGGAUCCUAAUGAGAAAAAUCACUUGUUCUUUGUUUA